CCCCGGAUGGAAUUCGGCGUUGCACAACGGUGUGUUACAUGACCGCUUGGUUAGAAAACCUUUUGGUUUCUUUAACCUACCGUCGUGUACAGUAAACUGGCCAGUUGUUCGAGAUGUCUACAACAGCAGGACGAGUUUUCAGCGGUGUGACGCGGCUGAGUUUCAGUCGAGGGAUGUUUGUCCGGAACGCGACGACCACAGUGAGGAGACUGGACAGUGUGCGGUCCCUAGCUCUAAGCGCUCAGAUGUCAGCGAAGUCCAAAAGGCCCACAGAUGAGGAAGAGGAGUUGGACGAGCCCUUGAAGUUCACCACCAGUCAGGCCAGUCACAGGACCUGGAAAGUCGAUCGCUCCAUGGGGAGCCAUUAUGAGCGGCCCUGGUGGAAAGUCUUCCCCAUCAGCGUGGCCGUCUCAGGCUUCCUGUUGUGGUGUGCACUGAGAGACGAGACGGACGUUGAUGUACAGCUGGAAAAGCAGCUGUUUGGGAAUUUACCUGGUCUGCUUUCAGCUGAAGAGGAGGAGGAGGAGGAGUAGCAUCAAGCUCAAAAUAAAUCAGCUUAACAAAUGUGUAUAUAUUUGGAAGUAUAUAUAUUUAUUAUCACUGUAUGAUUUCUGUGGACCAGGGGAAUCAGUGAUGCAGCCGUCCACCGCCACAGAAUUAUUUUUUUUUCAGCUGAAAGGACUUCUGGAUUGUGUCAGGCCAUGCGCUGCCUUUAACAAGCUUCAACAUGUUGAAUAAAAAUGCCUUGAUUAGAG